AUGCCCUUCGACUCGACAGACAGAUCUCAUGAGUGCGAAUAUGUAGAUGAGGAUAUAGAUUUCACUCCCGGUGAUCUCGCUGAUGAUGAUAGAGAUGUUGAAAUGGACGAUGAUGCCGAUUUCCAGUCUCACUAUUCAGAAAAAUACUCCUCCUCUACUUCUACAUCUAGUCGAGAGAAUGAACCCUCGAAGGCGGAUGACGAGGGUGUAAUGCAACGCUCUCCAUUCCCAUUCUAUUCUUCUCUCCAUGGUCCUAAUGCUUUUGCCCCCCCAUUCUACAACCGUCCACCAACGCCGCUACCGCCAUCUCCUUCAUUAACAUCUCUCCUUCGACCGUCCUUUUCUACAACUACAUCGCGGCCCACCACACCAGAUAGCUCUGAUGUUGAAACCCUGAAUGACACAGAGGAAGCAGUCGCACGCUCUGCACGUACCGCAAUUACUGUACCACCCGCAAGCCCUAAAGUUCCUACAUAUGAGUACUAUGGAUUUGUGCUUUAUCUCGCUUCCUCACUCACUUUCCGUAUGCCUUGUCUUCGCUUCGUGCCCAUUUCUACUCCGGGUCAGAUUACUAAUAUGCUUGUGAUAGUGAUAUACCUUUUGUGGUCAUACCUUCCCUCGCCGUUUCUUCAUCAGCUGGGGAUUUAUUACUAUCCAAAUCGCUGGUGGUCUCUUGCGAUCCCAUCUUUCCUUGUAAUCACCAUUAUUUACAUUUACAUUGCAUUAUCCGCUUAUAAUACUGGAUAUCUUACGCUGCCGAUGAGUAGUAUCGAAAAUAUUGUGGAUGAAGUAGCAAAUAUUGCAGUCAUUGAUAGCAAGGGCAGGAGACGGCCUGGUGGAUCUGAGAAGAUGAAUCCAAAUGCUGCAACGGCACAAACAAUGAGCCCUCAGAAAAGAAGGCUAGAGUGGAAAUACAUCUGGAAUGAAGGAACAGAUGCUGUGAUGGACAUACCCAUUGGCGGUGUAUGCGAGGUGCUUUAUGGCUCGAAUGAAACCGACUAG